AUGGACGACACCAAGGCCGUCCAGGAUGUCACAGCACCCGCUGCGCAGACGGACAAUGCGGUUGUCGCACCCACAGCCAUGGGCUCCACUGUCAUCGAAGCUGUUGAAACAUGGGAAGGGCUUAAGGGCCCACCUCAGGUGCAAAGGCUAGAAAACAGUCUCAACGGCAAAGGCAGCAUCAGAGCUAGUUGCGAGUUAGAGUUUAUCAGGAGGGAUAAAGCACCUGAUCCUGACUCGGCUGCAGAGGGCAGAGCAGACGGCCGCCUCGACGGCAAGGCAGUGAAGGAGGUUGGUUUCAGCAAUCAAUUGGUCAUGCUGGACUUUCUGGAAAUUUUCCGGCUUCAGAUUUUUCUUUUAGUACAAAGGAAAUUUGGAGGCUCGUUAAGGAGGACAAAGACCUUGAUCUACCUUCUCAUAAAGUUAUGGUUGCUACAGUGCGCUGUGGGCAAAUCAGUAGUGAGAAAGUUGCUAGUUUUAGAGCUGACGAGGAAUGGAAACAUUGUAAGGAGGCUGUUCAGAAUGACUGUGUUCCAGGGUUUGGGAAAAAGAUCAACGGACUUCUUCAUCGAUGUUUAUCAGAGUAUGAUAAGGAGUCUAUUUAUUAUGAUGAAGGCAUCAGAACAUUGGCAAGACAAUAGCUAG